AUGGCCGCUCCCACAGCUUCCAAGGAUGCUCCUCAGAUGAGCCCUCUCAACCUGUAUUCGCGAUUUGCGUUUGCAGGUGCGGUUUGCUGCGCCGUCACACACGGUGCUGCCACACCUCUCGAUGUUGUCAAGACCCGUAUCCAACUUGACCCCGUCACCUACAACCGUGGUAUGCUCGGUGGCUUCCGCCAGGUUAUCCAGAAUGAGGGUGCUGGUGCUCUCUUGACCGGUUUCGGACCUACUGCCGCCGGAUACUUCCUCCAGGGCGCUUUCAAGUUUGGAGGAUACGAGUUCUUUAAGCAGCAAUCUAUCAACGCUGUCGGCUACGAGACCGCGAAGAACAACCGUACCGCCGUCUACCUCGCUUCGGCUGGUGCCGCCGAAUUCUUUGCUGAUAUCGCUCUCUGCCCGCUCGAGGCCACCCGUAUCCGUCUUGUUUCCCAGCCUACCUUCGCUAACGGUCUGCUUCCUGCCAUGGGCCGCAUUCUGAAGGAGGAGGGCAUUGGCGCUUUCUACUCUGGAUUCGGGCCCAUCCUAUUCAAGCAGGUCCCCUACACUAUGGCCAAGUUCGUCGUGUUCGAGAAGGUCUCCGAGUCCAUCCUUGCGACCGUCAACAAGGACACCCUUUCCGAUGGUGCUAAGACCGGUAUCAACCUCGGCUCCGGUCUGAUCGCUGGUCUCGCCGCUGCUGUCAUCUCCCAGCCUGCCGACACUAUGCUCUCAAAAAUCAACAAGACUCAGGGUGCUCCUGGUGAGGGCACCGUCACCCGUCUUAUCAAGAUCGCAAAAGAACUCGGUAUUCGUGGCUCCUACGGUGGUAUUGGUGCCCGUCUUUUCAUGGUCGGCUCCAUCACUGCCGGUCAGUUCGCUAUCUAUGGUGACAUCAAGCGUAUGCUCGGUGCCACUGGUGGUGUUGAGAUCUCUAAAUAG